UCCGACAGCGCGAACCGAACGUAAACAAGGGUCAGCUGAUUUUGACUCAUUCAUUCAUGGCCAAAGGAGCAUGUGGUCGCAGGAAUCGUCUGGAUUGGAGUUACAGAUAAGAUCUGGUGCCAUAACACAAAAUGAAUGCUAUUUUAUCCCUGUGCCACUUCUGUGAGCUGCAUGGCCCAAGUGUGGUCUUCUGCACCCAGGCAUUCAGAGAUCUUCCUGAUAUCAGUGUGCUGUGUGAUAUGGAAGCAGUUGAUAUCCUGGACCGAAGACCCAUUACUGCUGAAAAUGAAAAGUCAGGUGAAAGUAGCUUGUGGAAGUAUGGAUCAGUGCAUCAAGAGCACUACACUAAUAUGAACAUUACAGGAAACGAUGCCUGUGUUGCAUGCCGUUCAUUCCAACAUAAUCAGCCUGGGUUUAUCAGCAACGAUGAUGCAGCACGAGUGAGUUAUGUGAGCUCACAGUUUCCCUUGCAAUCUGAGCUGUAUGUUCCUAUUCGACAUGCUUGCAUUAGAUCCUUAAGCUGUGAGGUUUGCCCAGGUCGAGAAGGCCCAAUCUACUUUGGCGACGAGGCGCGUGGACAUGUCCUUUCCCACACUUUCUUUUUGAGAGAUGUACAGGCUCGAGGAUUCCAGAGAUGGUACAGCAUCCUUGUCCUCAUGAAAGAUAAAAUGCUUUUAUUGAAUUCUUGGCCAUUCAUCGUACGGCACUUGAGGCAGACCAUAGACAGACUACAAGAAAAUGCAAACAAGGUGUACGAAGCAGAGGAAUCAAAAGUUAGUCACAGAGCUUUGAGAUCGGCAACAAUGAUGUCUGACAAUUUUCGAAGGCAGCGGGCUGUUGGCCAGCCAAGGUCCCUCCCGCAGCUGGCAGGAGACGAAGGGGUGUGGCAGUACCUCCACUCCUCCUUCACGUGGCUGAUGAAAGCUGGGGGCUUGAGGCUACAGGAACGGCUGGUGGAGGGCCCCCCCGUCAAUGCCUUUGUGGCCAGUGACGAGGCUGAUGGCAUUGGCAUUAACGUCCGAGAGUUGUACAAUGCCCUGGGUGGCGCGGCCUUUCAUACGGUUGCUCGCUGCCUGUUAAUUGGACACCAGGUUGUCUUCAGAGGUCCUGCAGAAGGUGUUGUUGCUGGGGUUGUGAAGUCUCUUAAGCCACUUCUUCCCAAGCAUUGUUACAAGGCAGUAGAAUUCUCCUCCCAGUAUGCAGACAGGUCAACUUGCAACAUCCUAGGGCUCCACUCUCUGGCCGAAGUGCCAAAAUCUGCUUUGGAGAACGAUAACUUGUGUGUGGUGGAGAUGGUGCCAAGGGAGGAAGCCGUAGAGGGAGAUGAAGUAGCCACAGCUGCAACGGCAAGACUAGGGGGGACAGUUGCAGGUGGCUUAGCUCCCAAGGAUGCCGAUGGCUCCCCCAAGGCAGGCACUUCCCCCGAGGAAUCUGAGGCUGCGCAAGUUCUGAAGAAGAUCUCUUUUCAGGUACUUCUUUCAUUUCUGUAUAGGGAGGCGAAUUAUUUUCGAAGGGGCACUCCCCUAUGGUCGACGUCCUCCUCAGGUUCUGAGUCGAAUUUGAGUCUGCUGUCGCCCAAUAACACCCUCACACCCACAGCCAUGAUGAAUAUACUAACAAACAAUCAUAUAUGA